UCACUCCCACGGCGCGCUGCCCCGAGAUUACUGCAGUGGAGACGGGACGGUCACUCGCCUCUUUGCGGACUGUGGGCUGGCGAAGAUAUGUGGAGAAAGAUGCAAGGGCCUGUGCCACAGCAGCUGCGUGACAGAAGGAUCAGUGAUCUUCGGGACACAUCCAGCAACGUGAUGUUCAUUCCCUGAGUCUGCAGCGCGUGUAGUGGACAAUCGCGGUACUGCAGGAGAUCAGCCUCUCCCCGACAGUGAAAUCAUUCUGAAUCAGGAAGUGCCGCGAGUUAACAUGGCUUCGAAAGGACCAGUCGAAAGUUUAACCGAGGGGGCAAUUUGUCCUGUCUGUCUGGAUUUCUUCACCGAUCCGGUUACACUGCAGUGUGGACACAACUUCUGUCGCUCUUGUAUCACACAGUGUUGGGAAAGGGAGGAGAGAAACUCCUGCCCGGAAUGUAGAGAGGUGUUUGCUGACCGCACCCUCAGGGCCAGUCGGGCCUUAGCAAAUCUGGCUGAAACAAUUCGAAAUCUAAACCUGCAUUGGAAAGCGAAGGAAAGUAAACUUUACUGCGGGGAACAUGAGGAAGAACUGAAGCUGUUUUGUGAAACGGACAAGACACUGAUCUGUCUAAUCUGUAGAGAUGCGCAGGAACACAGAGAGCACCGCUUCCUGCCGAUUAAAGAAGCUGUUAAAAUCUACAAGGAUCAGCUAAAAUCUUCCUUAGACUCUCUCACAAAAAUGGAAUCAGACUUCCAGGAAAAGGAGCAGCAACAGAACGAGAAGAUUUCCGGAGUUCAGAAAAAAUCACACAGCAUUCAGUCCAACAUCGCAUCCCAAUUUGCUGAACUGCGCCAGAUUAUCACUGAGAAAGAGCAGAGUUUACUCAGGGAUCUCAGAGAAGAAGAGGCGAGGAUUAUAAAUCCAAUGGAGAAAAAUCUUCUUAUGAUUCAAGAGAAUAUAACUCUUAUUCAGGAGGAAAUCUCAAAAUUAAAGGAAAGGAUGGAUCAAAAAGACAGUGUGAUAUUUCUCAAGGCGGAAGCUUGUCAGAACAUGAGGAUUAAUGACAAUAUCCAAGAAUUGUCAGUGACUGAUGAGGCCCGACCGUUUGAAAAAUUCGAUAACCCCUAUUUGUUGAGCACAGUGCUGAGAGAAGCAGUUGAUGCUGUUAAUCGAGUCUCUGUCACCCUGGAUGUGGAAACGGCGGAUUCGCGGCUCCAGGUGUCUGGGGAUCGGAAGAGUGUGAGAUUCACCGGGACCCAGACGAAUCUCCCUGACACCGGGAAAAGAUUCACUUUCUGUGAAUGUGUACUGGGAUCGGAGGGAUUCACAUCGGGGAGACAUUACUGGGAGGUGGAGGUGACGGGGAAUCGGCGCUGGUGUCUGGGAGUCGCUGCAGAGUCUGUGGAGAGGAAAGGACAGGUCAAUCCGAGUCCGGAGACCGGAUUCUGGAUCAUCAAGCGGUAUUAUGAAGAGAUCCAGAAUUAUGGCGUGGCCAGCCAGAAUUAUGGCAUGGCCAGCCAGAAUUAUGGCAGGGUCAGCCAGAAUUAUGGCGUGGCCAGCCAGAAUUAUGGCGUGGCCAGCCAGAAUUAUGGCGUGGCCAGCCAGAAUUGUGACGUGUUCAGUAUUCACACCUCCCCUGAGUCCCGUCUCCCUGCCAGUUCCAUCCCUGGGAGGCUGGGAGUUUAUCUGAGUUACGAGUCCGGGAAAGUUUCAUUUUACAAUGCAGAGACCAAGUCCCAUAUCCACACCUUCACUGGGAAUAAAUUCACAGAGAAACUUUAUCCUUUCUUCCGGACUUGGGAUGUAAACCAGUGGCUGAGAAUCUGCUCCGGUUCCGCUCCGGGUCUGUAAACGGGUCGGGUCCCGGGACCGGCAUCAGGAGUAAAGUCCCUGUAAAUAUAAAUGUGAGGAGAGUGAAAUAAACUCGAGAUGAGGAUUAUCGAUCCGUUAAUUUUAACUCGUUCACCGCAUCCGACAACAGAACAGAAACACCGCGGAUUCAGCAGCAGCCGUGGGCGGCGGGUCCUGAGCUUCCCCGGGUCUUAAAGUCCAGCCAUACAGAGACAGGUUAAAUGGGACAAGUGGGGGUGGUGCUGACUGGAAAAAAGG